AUGGCGCUCAAAUUAAGUGGCACAGCGUAUAUCACAGGCGCAGGAUCCGGAAUCGGCAGAUUUACAGCACUUGCGUUCGCCCGACAUGGUGUCACAAAAUUAGCGCUUGUAGAUCUGAAACAAGAAGGCCUAGAAGAGACACAGAAGCUACUCAAAGCAUCUUAUCCUGAGAUCGAGACACUCCUGCUCCAAGUCGAUGUCGCAGAUGAGGUUUCUGUUCAGGGUAGCAUCAAGCGGGCGGUGGAUGAAUUCAAGAGAAUUGACAUAGGUCUUAAUUGUGCGGGAAUAGCUGGGCCACAUAUCCCCACGCAUGAGAUGCCUUUGGACAAGUGGCAGGAAAUGAUUCAAAUAAACCAAACUGGUGUUUUUCUUUGUCAGAAGCACCUUAUAGCACAGAUGCUGCAGCAGGAGAGUUUGGGCGUUCGAGAAGGACGUGGGACGAUAAUUAACGCUUCAUCUAUGUUUGGGGUUUUCUCUUCUCCUGCUUUUUUGGGCAUUACUCCAUAUGUGGCUUCGAAACAUGCCGUCAUGGGACUUACGAAAGCAGAUGCCAGAGUAUACGCUCCUAUGGGAAUUCGAAUUAAUGCCAUUUGUCCCGGCUGGGUUGAUACCCCGAUGAUAAGUAAGGGUAUUGAAAACGGGGCUCUGAAUCCAGAAUUCCAGAGAACGCCAGUCGGAAGACCUGCAAAGCCUGAAGAGAUUUCGGAUGCUCUUGUCUUCUUAGCAUCGCCAAUGGCGAGCUAUAUGCAUGGAGUUGGCCUCAAUGUUAAUGGCGGAUAUUCCCUAUAG